AUGACCAACCUCCCCGCCCUCGGAAUGAAGUCCCUGAGUGCGCACUUGGAGGUCGAGGGGGCGGACGGCGAGAAGAUCCAGCAGGUAUUCGAAAAGGUCCGCGGCCACGGCUCGGCCGUCCCGAUGUACCAGACGGCGUUGCACCCAGAGGAAUUCCAGGACGAUCCCCCAGCUCUCUACUCUGUAGGGGAUCCCCCCCUCAUGCCGUCUGAAGGUUGCAAGAAGAUGAAGCAUGCCUUUGCCGUUGUCUUGAACGACCAGGGGGACAUCGACAUGGCCGCGGUGCGGGAGGCCAUGGCGGUCAACGACUACAAUGGUCUGCCAGAGCUAUUGCGCCCCAGAACAAACUGGGAAGCCCUUUACACGAUGCAGUUGGCACUGGUGCCCGCUGGCGACGGCGACGGGACAGACAUCAUCAAGUACUUUCUGUUCUCGGGCCCGCAGCAGUUGGUCGACGUCGAGAACCGCCUCCUGCGUGAGAAUGAAGUGUUGUACACGCUAUCUUGGGGCAAGGGGGCGGACGUCAAGACGCCGUGGAAAGUCUUGGUCUACAUGAUGGAUCGGCUCGGUGGCACGCACUUCCGUUACCGCCUACCCCCGCAGGAGAAGGGCGACAAGGAGAAGAAGAAGAAGUGCCUUCCCCAGGACAUGAUCGUAUCCCAGUACCAGUUCAUUAAGGACAACGCCCCGCGCGGCAACUUCGAUUGCGAUCAGAUGAUGUGGAUCGACUUCCAGUUGAACGACCCGCAGAGCCCCAUCCACAGCUGGAAAGACCAGGGCAUUCAGGCGAAACAGAUCACGUACCACCCCAUCUUCAUCUUCGACACAGGGGGCGAGGGCGUCGAGCGCGCGAAGCGCAUCGUGCCUACUUUCAAGAGCCACUCCUGCCCCAUGGUCGGCGAGCCUGGCGAGGGGAAUACGCCGUGCCUGGAGACGCUGGCAUUCGCCAUGGGCGACUACUACGCAGACAAGCUGGGGGGCCGCGGCUUGGCCUCGUUCAGAGAGGGGCCAGACCUGGAUUUCUUCAGGGCCGAAGAGGGCACGAAGCACUGCCCGUGCGUCUUUGAUGACGGCGACUUGUUCGAGCAGCGCCCGAAGACGUUGAAGGCUUUCUUGGGCGUCGGCCAGUUCCAGGCGAUGACGAGGGAGCGGUGGGGGGCUGCCAAGUUCGUUCGGGGUCAGGCGCGCUUCGCCGCGGAGAACAUGUACGACGAGACGGCUGCCCCCACCAUGGACGCGUGGCGCGGUCUGUGCAUCUUGUCGCCAGCUGAGGCCAAGCAGAAGCGAAACCAGCACUUCUUCGGCAUGCUCAAGCGCACGUUCCCCAAGGACAUGUCCAAAGCGAACGCCAUGGCCCUCUUGAAGCGGUCCUCCGCGGUCGUGAACACCCCCAAUGACGUGUUCGAGCGCUUGGCGGGUUUGGACUCGGACGUGACGAGGGCCCCGAAGGUUGGCCACUACAUUACCAAGGCAGCGGGGAAUAUUCUCUACGACUACAUCCACAACGGCGCGAUGCGGGACGCCGAGGGAUACAACUCGCUGAGGGACAAGCAGCUCCGCUUCAUGAAGGCGCUGCUGGACAAGGGUUCCGUGCCCCUGCCUCUCUCGGUCAAGGAGGAGCAGCCGCCUGACGGCGCCGAGGGCGGCAGUAGUUCGUCGGCGGCCCGCGAGCCCCUCCCGCCCUUGCCCAAGCGCAUCUGCUGGGCGAGGUCGUUCGGGAACAUCCCGGAGGUCGAGAUCGACCUCUCGAGCUCGCCCGAAGAGGCCCGCGGCACCGCCGCCGCGCCCAGUAGCCAGGACCUCGCCGCUGCGCUCGCCGAUGCAGACAACGGCGAUCCGCUCGGCCUGGGCGGCGGAAUGAAUGCCGAUGCGUCGGAAUGA